GCGGUGUGCUACACGCGUUCUUAAAAGAUCGUUGAAAUUUGCGUUUUAUUUUGCUGUUACCUUUAUCCAAAGAUGGGAAAGCACAAAAGGUCUAAAAGUAGAUCUAGGGAUCGUAAAUCUCGUAAACAUAAGAAAAACGAUGACGCAACUGAACGUCGCUCGUCUCGCCACGAGGAAAGGCGAGCCGCGCAUGUACAUUCUCGUCAUCGUCGUCCCUCCCCCUCGCAUAGUCACGUUUCUCGCUCCCACAAUCGAAACUCUCACAUCUACGAUUCUCGGUCUCGCUCUUAUUCUUCUUCCUCGUCCUCAGCUCGCUCCGAUCCCGGGCGUUCGGCGGAACGGCGGGGAAAAGUUAUGCGGCGAAACCAGAGGCGGCGUCGAAGCUUGGACAGCUCGACCCGCGUAACAAAUGAAUAUACUAACGGGCACGCUCAGCGAGUCUUGAACGGCUCGACUAGCGAUUUACAUUCGAGCAUUGGGGUACCGUUAAACACGGCUCCUGAUGUCUCGCCACCGCCCGGAUCUCAAUGGGAUGAUGAUGCGAUUAGUCUGCACGACAGAUCCAUCGUUACUAGUGUCAAGGAGUCUGACAAUGAUGCCUCAAAUGUGUUUGAUGAGUUGCCGGAGACUGUCAGAAAGGUUUUAGGGGUGGAUUUGAAUAGUUCUAAAAAUGAGUCUUAUGAAUUACACGAGGCUAUUAAAUCUGUUUGGAUUAAAAAUUUAUUACAAGGCCUGUCUAAAGAAUCUCGUGAUCAACUUUUGGAACGUCAUAAAAUUCCUAAGAACUGUUCUAUUCUAUCCCCUCCAAAAAUAAAUCCUGAAAUAAAUCCUAUUCUAUCACAGCCGUAUACAAAACGUGACGAAUGUCACACUAACUAUCAAAAUUUAGCGAGCAAAGGAGCAUCAGCGCUGGGAAAAUGUUUAACUUACGUCUUGGAUGAGAUUAAGAAAAAUCCUGAAUCGCCAUUAAGCUCUAUUCUUCUCCCAGAUCUAGUAGAUGCCGGAAAUUUUUUCACAGAGAUAUUUCACGAAGCUACUUCUACACGUCGUAGCUAUAUUUCUCAAAUUUUGUCAAAAACCAUUAAAGAGGCGGUAAAAGACACAGUUCCGGGCGAAUAUCUCUUUGGUCCGGAUCUAGGCGAGAAAAUUAAAGCGUUAAAAAAUUUCGAAAAAUCUGGGAAUGAAAUGAGAGAAUUUGCCUUCUCUAACAACAAAUCAACUGCUUCAGGUAUAAAAAGGGGAGGGGGGCAGUCAAUGCGGCAACCAAACAGAUUUCAACAUUCUGCUGGGUAUCAGCGUUCACAGAGUUUUCCGAACACUCGUAAGCCGGAAAACCGAGUACGCCCCUCUCAUGUGACAAGAAGGGACAUGAGAUCGAAAAGGGGACAGCCUUCUGCUCGACGGGACUAUCGCCCGAAAUUUCAAUAGAGGUAAGUAGAGAAAAAUUGGCUGGGAGGCUCUCUUAUUUUAUUAGUUCCUGGUCAAAAAUUACAAGGAAUAAAACAAUCCUAUCCUGGAUUAAAGGUUACCAGAUUCCACU